AGACCCCAAGCCUCGGCUCUGCCACGCCUCAGAGAGAUGCUCGCACAGAAAAAGGAAGAUUUUAUUGCAUCAAAUACAGAGAGGGAAGGAGAGAUUGGCAGUGUAAAGUUACGCAGAGACAUGGGUGAGGUUCCCUCAUAUUGUCCAGCAAUGAAGAACGCUGGAGCUAUCAAUAUGAGUCCAGAGACUUCUUUUCCCCAGCAUUUCCACAUCCUUGGUAAGGCAUGUUCAAGAUUGGACAUUUCAACCAAUCUGAUGUACUGUAUAUUGUGCUGCUCCUUCAAAACAGUUACCCUCAUUCUCUUGUUUCCUUAUGAGCAAGUGAAUGGGAAUCCUGUGCCUACUAUAAUCUUCAAAGGCCUUCCAUCAACUUUCCAUGCCUUUCUACUUUCAACUGUGAUGGCAUUCUCAGGCGCAUUUAACGCCUUGAUGCUUUCUGCUAAUAAGCCAAAAAUUGCCAGGUUUUGCAGCUACUAUUCUAUGGCAUUUAUGGCCUCAGCUGUAGUUUUAUUGAUUUGGGCUGUGUAUCAGACGGUUUUCAACCGGAGACAAUGGCAGGAUUAAGACAUAUUUAGAUGUUGCCCCUACUUAUCAGUUUCAAGGGGGGAGCAUUUCAGACGUUUCCUGUAAUAAUAGAGUUCAUGCAAUCUGAGACUUGUACAAGUCUCCCAAUUCAAAAGGAACCUUUCGAAUAUUUCAAGCGGAUUUUCCAGUCCUAGACACCUUGUGUAUGUCAAGAAAGCAAAAAGAAAGUUGUCAAAAGAAUGGAAAUUCCAUUUUCUAGUCAGGCUGAAGAAUCCCAAUCCUUGAGAAGAUUUUUUCUACAAGUUGGAUAAUUACUUUCCACCUUAAACUAUGAGUUAUUUGUUUGCUUCAAUUUUUCUGCUCCAGCACUUUAUCCUAACAUAGUUUCAUUUCUCAAGUCAUGGUUCAAGGAAGUAUCAUUUUACUCCUAGAAGGCCUAUAUCAGAAAUGUUAUUUGUUACGAUAUUCUCUUUCGUA